GGUCCGCUGUCAUUAUUAAAAACUCGGCGGCAGUAACAAACUGAGGCGUGGAGCUGCAGAUCUGAAGCAGCGGACCACAGACUGCGUCUGACGGAGGUUCGCAGAGGUCUGGAAGCCAGAGGGAAGGAGGGAGGUCCCGGGCUGCGCAGAGGAGGCAGGACUUUCUGGCUCCGCGGUGCGCUCCGACACCAGAGGUCCGCUUUAAUAUCAGAGGAGGAGUGGAAGCAGGUCGGCUUUUAACACCGCGCAGACACGGAGGCUGCGUGCAGUCCUGAACAGACAAACAUCGAGCAUCAGUGCGUAAAACGGAAUUUUUGGAUUGAUACCUCAGAUUUAAGAUUUGUUUCCCCCCCCACAAUUACUAUUUUUAAAGCUCAGUGCGCUCCACGGCUUCUCUAUGGACACUCAUGAACUGGAUUUGUGACUGUUCUUUUCCUCAUAAAUGACUUUAAGCUCACAAUGGACUCAGUUUCCCCUGCAGAACCUGUGCAGACGCGCUGUCUCCUGCCUGCAGGCGCGUCUUUGUCAUUUUAAUGUCGCUGUCAUUACCGCGCGUCUGUCUGAUUGUCGCUCCGCAUUUCAGAGCAAGCUAACAAACUGUGGAGUCUCUCUGCUGGUUGCAAGGCAGACUCUUGUUGUGGAUUUCUGAUCUUUAUUUAUUUUUUUUUACUGGAAUAUUUUUUGCAUCCAAACUUUUUGGUCCUUUCUUCCUGGAGCAAACCGAUGAUGUCGCCCCGCUGCUCGAACCCUUCCUCCCGGUCCACCUGUAGGUUUUUCCUCUGCUUUUUGUGGCUUCUACAAACGCCCCGCUCUUCCUCUCCGCUAAUUACAGGCACUGAAGCCAGCUGUGACAAUGAAGGAGAAGUCCUGCACAUCCCCAACAUCACCGACAACCCCUGCAUCACCUGCGUCUGCCUGGAUGGGAAAGCAGACUGUAAACAGGAGAAAUGUCCGCUGGUCUCUGAUGACUGUGCUCUGGUGGUGAAACAGACUGGCGCCUGCUGUGAGCGGUGCAAAGGCUGCUUGUUAGAUGGACGGUCUUAUAACAGCUCCGUAUCCUGGAUGACCUCUACCAAACCCUGCAUAACAAGACGUUGUCAGGAAGGAGUCAUCACAGAGUCGGAAGUUCAGUGUGUCAUUCAUUGCAAGAACCCAAAAAUCCACCCAAAAAAGUGCUGCCCGACCUGCCCGAGUUGCAUCUUUGAGGGUCUCCUUUAUAAAGAGAAGGAAGAGUUCAGUCCUGAAGGCAAACCUUGCAUCAAGUGCAUGUGCACUGGAGGACGGACUCUAUGCAUGAAGGAAGUGUGUCCUGUGCUGUCAUGCCCCGCUCACCUGAGCCACACCCUUCCUGGACAUUGCUGUCCCAGGUGUAUUGGUCAGCGGAAGGUGUUUGAUCUCUCUUUAGGAAGUUGUCUUUUCCACAGCGAUGUCUAUGAGAAUGGUACUUGCUUUAUGCUCAACAACUGUACCACCUGCACAUGCAAGGAUUCAACAGUGGUGUGCAGAAAGCAGUGCUCACGUCCAGGCAGCUGCCAGGGCAGUCAGUGCUGUGAUGAGUGUUUGUCUUACGUGAAGGUGGAGGAGGUGAAGUACUGCAGAGUCCGGAACAAAAUCUACAGGGAAGGAGACAUGUGGUCGUCAGUGAACUGCACUCUUUGUGCCUGUGUUAAAGGCAAUGUCGAGUGUCGGCCCAAACAGUGUGUGCCGAUCACCAGCUGCCCCUCGAACAAGAUCCUGAACAGAACCGGCUGCUGUCCAGUUUGCACUGAAAAACCUGGUGUAUGCACAGUCUUUGGUGACCCUCACUACAACACCUAUGAUGGCAGGACCUUUAACUUUCAGGGAACUUGUCAAUAUGUGCUGACACGUGAAUGUGGUGGGACCCAAUCUGGAAUACCUGGAAACAGCAUCAACAGCUUCACGGUGUUGGUGAAGAACGAUGCUCGGCGAACUCGCUCGUUCUCCUGGACUCAGUUUGUUGAAGUUCGACUCGGCGCUUUGAGUCUCAGUCUGCAUCAGCACCUCACAGUUCGAAGGAAUGGGACUCGCAUUGCACUGCCGUACCACGGCCCUGGGGUGCACAUCGAUUUGGAUGGAUACCUGCUUAAACUCACCACCAUUGCAGGUCUAGAAAUCACCUGGGAUGGCGACAGUUUUGUAGAAGUUGUUGCUGCUCCCCACCUACGCGGUCGCCUUUGCGGCCUCUGUGGGAACUACAACGGUCAGAAGCGAGACGACACCAUUGGGGGUGAUGGCUUAUUGAAGUUCGACGUGGACGAGUUUGCCGAGUCAUGGCGAGUCGAUGGAAAUGAUGUUUGCUCCCAGCAGCAUCCACCUCGCAGGUCGACGUCCCACCUGUGCCCCGGCACAGUCAAAGUCAAGCUCCGGGCCCACCGAGAAUGCCAGAAGAUAAAAUCGUGGGAUUUUCAGAGGUGCCACCGUGUGGUUGAUUUUGGGCCGUUCUACAGGUCAUGUGUGACAGACAUGUGUGAGUGUCCGGUCCAUAAAAACUGCUACUGUGAGUCUUUCAUUGCCUACAGCAGAGCCUGUGAGAGAGAAGGAGUGCCGGUACAGUGGAAGCCUGACGUCGUCUGCAUGGCCACCCAGUGUAAACAUGAAGCAGUCUAUGACACCUGCGGUCCUGGAUGUAUUAAAACCUGCGACAACUGGAAUGAGAUCGGACCAUGUCAUAAACCCUGCGUGGCCGGCUGCCACUGCCCCGCCAAUCUGGUGCUGUUCCAGGGACGCUGCAUCAAACCCACGUCCUGCCCUGGACGGUGACCCUUGUUAACCUCUGACUGAGUGGGAGGGGCUAAUUUAGGGAGACUCAUCUGUAGUGUUCAAACUAGAGGACCAAGCUAACAAAGAGCGGUAAGGACGCUAAUGGGUUCAAGUCUACCAGUCAAAUGCACCAUGGUACUCAGGGUCCAUAAUGUUGCAAAGAAAUGUGCUGCAGUGACUUCCAACAUAAGAGAAACAAAAAACGGGGGACAGACUGACGCAUCUCAGAUGUUCUUGUGACUCUUCUGAUGCCAAGUACUGUGGCAUUUUUAGAAGAAAAACUAAAUAUCAAGAAAAAACUCAGGGCACCAUCUGAGGACCGCUCAGGUUUGGGCCUUUGAGAAGCUGCUUGGGCCAGAGGACUCAUCUCAGAGCCAAUCAGGCACCUCCUUGCAGAGAUUUAAGUUGGAGACACUGGGUAUACGGAUUUGUGCAUUACUGAGAAAUUUUCUGAUGCAUCAUAUCAAACUGCCCGGCUAAUCUCUAUUCCAUCAGUGCAUACUGUAAGCUUACCAGAUUCAUAUAAAAGACAGAACAGCUUUUAUAUUAUUAUUGCUCUAAUUAUUAUUAUGUGUCGUUGAUGUUAAUUUAUAUAUCCUUCAUUGACAUGUUGUAGCAAGAGCCAGAACCAAGAAAUCUAAUUGUUUUGUUUGAUUCAAAGGGAAACAAAAAGCUAUUUAUGUAUUUGUUGUGUACUUUUGUGUUACUGUUUGAAGAAAAAUGCCCAAAUGUGACUCAUUUAUUGCACCAUCGCAGGGAAUAAGUACUGUAUUGUAUUAAAGCUCCGUGUACAGUUUGUUGUGGAUAGUAUAAAACCUGAAGGUGUUCAUGUAAACAUAUGUUUCACUUGACGAUAAUUAUUUAAGACCAGCAAUAUAUCAUUUGUUUCGAAGAUC